AGGCCCCGGUAGGCAGUGGCCCAUUUACAUCCUAACUGCAGCGGUGGCAGGUGGUUGGUCGAAUCUCCGAUCUCAUGUUUCACUGUCACCGCCUGAGAGCAAUUCUCUCCCUCAAGGCUAUCUCCGAAUUGCCACAAACCCCAGAAUGUUACCCUUUUCUGAAACCCCACAAAUCACCAAUCUUUCUCAACCUCUUGUCGACCACUUCAGAUCAACAACCAUCAUCAUUCACCAUAUCCUACCUCACAAACAAUUGUGGUUUGUCACUUGAAACUGCUCGCAAAGCAUACAAGCGCGUUCGUUUCGACACAUCCCUGAAGCCCGAUUCAGUCAUCGCCUUCUUCAGAAACCACGGUUUCUCCAUCUCCCAAAUACACAGCAUCAUUGGUAGGGUACCUGAGCUACUUGCAUGCGACCCCAACAAAAGGGUUUUGCCCAAGUUUGAAUUUUUAGCCUCCAAAGGUGCUUCUUCCUCUGACAUCGUUCUCAUGGUCACUAAGAGCCCAGAUUUCCUGCGUAAAAGCCUCGAGAAUCACAUAACCCCUGCCUUUGAAUUGGCAAGGAGAUUCUUUCCAUCUGAUGAAAGAUUCAUUGCUAGUGUAAUUGGUUAUCCCACUUUCCUUAGUGAUGCUCGUGUGGAACCAAACGUGAAAUUGUUGCUUGAUGUUGGAGUGACACACUCCAACAUUUACCAUUUGCUUCGUACUAGGCCUUCUAUACUAUGCUCCUCUGAUUUGAAGAAGGCCGUUGAGGAAGUUAAGGGAUUGGGAUUUGAUCCUUCCAAAUCGAGUUUUAGUGUAGCAUUAUUGGCCAAAAGGGCUAUUACCAAAUCCCAGUGGGAUGCCAAAGUUGAUGCCUUUAAGAAUUGGGGUUGGUCCGAAGAUGCAAUUUCCCAUGCAUUUAGGAAGCAUCCUAACUUUAUGCUACGGUCUGCGGACAAAAUCAAUGCAGUGAUCAGUUUUUGGGUUGAUCAGCUUGGUUGGGAUCCUUCAGUGCUUCUUGCAUCACCAAAUCUUUUUGGAUUUAGUUUGGAGAAAAGGUUUAUUCCAAGGGCUUCAGUUAUCCAGUAUCUUCUCUCCAAAGAUAUGAUAAAGAAGGAUGCUAGCUUGGCUACACCAUUUGUAUUGUCUGAUAAGUUGUUCCUGCAGAAGUUUGUGAAAUGUUUUGAGGAAGAGGAAGCAUCUAGGCUAUUAAGGCUAUAUCAGGGAGAAUGUUAGCAUCUGUCAGUUGGUUGAUUUAUGAAUAUAGAUUUUGGUGUAAACCAGGCAUAUUAUGUUUCUUCAUCUCAUUCUAUUAUUUGUUCCCUUUCUGUUCCUGUCGAAAUCUGAAUUUCUCUACUGGUUUGAUUGUUUCCUUUACUCAGCUGGAACCUUUUUUUUAAGUCACGGUUCUGAUCUAUACCAUUAACUUGAUAUUUUAUACUAGGUUGUCAGUAGCAGCCCGUAGCGCCGCUAAACCGCUACCGUAGCGGGUAGCGGCGGUCGGCCGCUAUAAACUGCGACGCUACGCAACUUUGGCCGUAGCGGAAGGUAGCGGCGUAGCGUAGCGUCAAUAUUGCUACCCGUUACACCGCUACACCACUCCCAUGUUGGAGUUUGAUGGAGAAUCCGGAGAUGAUGAUGAUUUUCUUCAUUAGUUCACUUCUUGUACUUGACUAUUUGACAAUUUUAUUGUUCAUUUGUGUUUAAUUUUGGAUCCUUCUUUUAUGUUCCUUGUAUUUGACAUUGAUUAUGAAUAAUGUGUUUGAUUUUGUGUGACUUCUUAUGUUUGAGCAUUAAUACUAAAAGCAGUAUUGCCUCGUAUCUUGACUGUUAGUAUAAUAUAUGUGGAACUAAUACUUCACCGUAGCGGCAAUACCGCUACCCGCUACACCGCUAUACCAUUUUCGGGGUCGGCCGCUACCGGCCGCUAACUGCUAUUGACAACUAUGAUUUUUAUAAGUAAUUGAUCCUAG